CAAGCUGACGUAGUUACUCCUGGUAAUGCAAUACAGAAGAUCGAAUCCUACAUACAAAGCACCAUCCUGGAAGCGAUGCAGCUGUGGCUUAUUGCACCUGGUUCAUGGCACGCACUGACCUAUCUGCCUGGUGGAAUGGACCAAGAGAUCCACAAAGAAGUCCUUACUUUCGAAACGGCUCGAGCCCAUUUGAAGAAGGCCAUAGUGCUAGCGCUUGUGAUUAUUGCGUUAAUGAAUCGUACAAGCCUUCCUAUCAACCCCGAUUGCUUUGGGGCUUCGAUCAAAAAGUCAAAGACGAAA